UUGCUGGACGUUUCCUCAUGUAUCAUCAUCAUUUUCAUCAACCCAUGGACUGACUUGUUUAUUGGCGAGCAAGAUGGAGUUUCUUUUGGGAAAUCCUUACAGUACUCCGGUGGGACACUGCAUUGAGAGAGCCACUGAUGGCUCCCUGCAAAGUGAAGACUGGGCCCUCAACAUGGAAAUAUGUGACAUCAUUAAUGAAACAGAGGAUGGGCCGAAGGAUGCCAUUAGAGCAGUCAAGAAGAGGCUGAAUGGCAACAAGAACUAUAGGGAAGUGAUGUUGACUUUAACGGUCCUGGAGACGUGUGUGAAGAACUGCGGCCAUCGUUUUCAUGCUUUGGUCACUAGCAGGGACUUUGUUGAUGGCGUACUUGUUAAAAUCGUCUCCCCCAAAAAUAAUCCACCCACCAUCGUUCAAGAAAAAGUACUCACCCUGAUUCAGGCAUGGGCUGAUGCAUUCAGGAGCAGUCCAGACCUUACAGGCGUAGUUCAAAUCUAUGAGGAGCUAAAAAGGAAAGGCAUUGAAUUCCCUGUGUCAGACCUGGAGACCCUGUCGCCUAUACACACACCUCAGCGAGCUGCAUCUGCUCCGGAGGGCGACUCCACCCUCCACAAGUACAGCACCACUACUCAGCCCACUCCACAUGUUGCCCCACCGACCUACACUGGCCCUCAGGUCCCCAGCAUUCAUCCCUCUGGAUCCAUCAAUCCUACACCUGAACAGAUUUGCCGCCUGCGCAGUGAGUUGGAUGUUGUUCGUGGAAACGCUAAGGUGAUGUCAGAGAUGUUGACUGAGAUGGUCCCAGGGCAGGAGGAUGCUUCAGACUAUGAGUUAUUACAGGAGCUGAACAGGACUUGUAGAGCCAUGCAACAAAGAAUGGUAGAACUCAUCUCCUGUGUUUCCAAUGAGGCAGUGACUGAGGAGCUGCUGCAUGUCAAUGAUGAUCUCAAUAACAUUUUCCUACGCUACGAAAGGUAUGAGAGGUUUAGGUCUGGGAGGGCUUCUGCUCAGAGUGCCAACAAUGGGGUCCUGAGUGAGGCUACAGAGGACAACCUCAUAGACCUCGGCCCCGGCUCCCCAGCGGUGGUCAGCAACAUGCUGAACACAGCCCCAGCCAGCCUGCCUGCCAACAUCUCUGCCCCUAUGGAAAGGCCCCCAUCCCCAGCGACCUUGGCCUCCCGCCUGGCUGGUCUUGACAUGGGUGCUGACAGUGUGAGCAGUACCCUGAGCUCUCUGUCCAGCUGUAAGCCCCCAGCUGCCCCAGAUGACUUUGACGUGUUCGCUCAAACCAGGACCGGGGCUUUGUCUGAACCACGCAAAACGGCUACAGGAGAGAACGCCACUGGCAGCCUUCCUCCCACUCUUAAUGUCCUGCAGCCACCUGCGGGAGCGGGUGUCGGCGGCCAGUCCUCUAUCAUGGAUGACAUAGAGGAGUGGCUGUGUACCGAUGUGAAAGGAGAUGAAGGCGAGGAGGGUGUGACAAGUGAAGAGUUUGACAAGUUCCUUGAGGAGAGAGCCAAAGCUGCAGAGAUGACCCCCAGCCUACCAUCGCCACCUAGUGGGGACCCAGGUACACUGCAGGAAAAUCCCAGCCGCAAGAAACCAGACAGACCGGAAGACACUUUAUUCGCCAUGUAGGCCUAGCAUCUUUGACCUCUGACCUCCCCAACCCUAAAACCUGACCAGCUGAGCUGCAUCACAUGAGGGCAGACUGACCUGACACUAAAACACAUCCACCUCCGUUAUGACUCAACACAACAGUUCAGUUAUCACUACAGAGAUUUGUACAUGCUUUCUUCAUAAAAAGGGACUCGUUCACUAGACAGAGAAAACCAAGCAAAAGUUGUAUUUUGAAACGCCACCAGAUGAUGGAUUUCACCCACGUGCUGACCAGCAUCAAAGAUAGCGAGGCAGCCUGCCUUCUUUAUAUGUGAAGCACUUACCUCCGCCUGCUGUGGACUGCAGAGUCAUGUCAUAUUCCUGAUAAUUUGAUGUCGAAUCCUUGUCGUAGAUAGAAAGUCCAUUUCUCUUUCAAGCUGUCAGAGCAUGAAUUAACAUCACUAAACUUGAUGCUAUUAAAGGAACCCCAACAGAAACUUUAUAGUUAUUACAAAUAACAUCUAACACUAGAGGAACACUGAGGGUAUCUGCAGAGAUAUUGUCCGGGUGUUUAUACCAGUCCCUUUGCCAGAGUUGAAUUGUAAAUCUGUAAAUGACAAAUCAGGUUUGUUAGUAGUGUGUAUAUUUAAGCUGCAUUAUGUAUGAAAGAGAUGUAGAUUUUUGAAAAGACAUUAGGGAUGCACCAGACCGGCGUGAGCUUUUUCACGAGGAAAGAGAACAGUACACAUCUGAUCAUUUACAGCAAUUCAUCUAAUUCUGUUCUUGUGAUUGGGAUAAUUGUGCACCAUAACAACAUUGCCUUCCUCUAAAAAUCUUCCUUCUCGUGUUUUAGGUUUCUCUUUGAGAAACGUAUCUGCAGUUGUUUGAUUAGAUGUUAGUCAUGGUCGAUGUAUUGACAUUAAUUUUGCUGAGAUUGUCUUCGCCUCAAGCUGCUGAACAAUGCUGUCUAAUUAUCAUUUAUGUAGUGAUCUUUACGCUGGAGAUGAAGAUGUUUUUGUCACUGAAUGCGUUGACGGCGAGUGGUAAUGUUAUUUUUGAACAGAGUUACCGGUAGCUCAAGUGAUACGCACAGCUCGGAUGAGUUUUUACUCAUGAUUGUAGGUUUUGAAACCUCUUUCUGAUUAUGCUGCAUGUUUCUGCUCAAACUGUUUUAAAUGACCAAAUUUGUGAUUUCUUCUGAAUAUGGAAGGGAAAUUUGGGAUAAUUGGACUGUUCAUACACAGUCUGCUCAUAUUUUUGACUUGAAAUUCACAGGUUAAUGUCCAGGGAUGUAAUGAGAAUUCAAUAUCGCACUACAGAAGCUGUUUGCACAUUAUUUUUGUGCAUUUCUCCUUUCUUUCUUUAUGCUGACACCUUAAAAGGCCUGACCUUUUAACAUGACAUUUGUUUUCAGAAAUGAGCUCGCCACAGAUGGAGUGCUACAAAUAAGGCAUUUUACUCUUUUGACAAUAACAAAUGCAACAUGUUACAAUCACAACAAGCUUAAAACAAGCGUGCACUUUGACAGCUGCGGCUCCCUGUACUGUAAACCAGCUAACACUUAACCAGAUGUAAUUAAAUGUGGAAAUAAUUUAGCUGAUGUGUAGAGAUAAUUUAUUCAGCACUAUUUUUCCCCCUUCAGAUCAGUAUUUUAAACCAUUUUAUUGUACAAAAGGAAAAUGGGAAAUUAACUAUGUUUGGGGACAGAAUGAGAAAUUGUCAUAUGUGUAUUUUUGGCUUUUGUUCAUGUAGUUUGUUUUAUACAUUGCUGCUGGCUUAUGUAUCUUAUUUGUUGUUUAUUGGUUUUGUGGGCGUUCUUGCUGGUUGAACUUAUCGAUAUGGACUUGGUUUAUAAGUGCAGAUCAUCACUGAUUUUUAGCUGUAACAGAGAAUCAGACUAGUUUUCUCAUUUAUCUCAUGAAGGAUAUAUAUUUUGAAUAGCCUCAGCCACUCAUGAAUUUAUACACCGACUCCCAGAUGACAAAACAAGCAUAAUUCACUUUGGAAGCUUCUGACAAAACAAACCUGCAUAUUUUGAAAGGGAAACUUCCCCUUCUGUUUCCUUGUUUUAGUGUUAAAUGUGUGUGUGUGUGUGUGUGUGUGUGUGUGCGCGUGUGUGUCGGAUGGUCUGUAAAGCAGAAACGUUUUUAUUUCUGUUGAUUGCACA